UUCUUCUUCUUCUUCUUCUUCUUCAUCUGGAAAUCGAUAUACGAUUCUCACUCUCUACCCGCGAAAAAACACUAAUUGAUUCAUAUCCUCCGUCAAGGAUAAAUCUGUGUUUGAUUCACCAUAUCUCUUUCUUCUCCCUCCGCGCUAAGCUACGACGCCUACAGAUCUGGCUGGUAAAAAUCACGCAGAUAGAGACUCUGGCCCGAUGCUCUCUUUACCCAUUGAUCCAGGCUUUUUCUGAUUUCUCUUUGUUCCUAGAAACCAUUAAGCUCCUACCUCUUUCUAGUUGAUGCUCGUGUUCUCUUCACUGUCUAUGACUCCAGUUGUGAUCCCUCAAAAUCUCCGUGUCUUUGGCCCUGGUUUGAAUCCCUCUUUCCCUUACUGCAUUGCUAAUCACUUCCCUUGAUUGAGUUGCUCCAUUCCAACUGAAUCAUCUCAAUCUGCCUCUCCCAUAAGUUCUUAUUCUGAGUGAUAUUGGUUGAUGAUUUCUACCCACAAGUAGUGUUCCUGCUUUAGACAUUCUUGUAUAAGAUUGUAACCAAAAUUAUGUAAAUCUGAGUCACUCCUAGAAUCUCCUUGUCUAGUAAGUUUCCCUUAGGAAAUAUCCUUUGAGUCUUUCAUCUGUGAAUUCUAGUCAGUUCUGGUUUAUCUGCAAGAUGCUCCAAGAGCAGCCGGUUGCGUUGUCCUUUCGGCCUAACUCAUUUAGGCGCCGGUCCAUGGAAACGGGUGUUGACAGAGAUGACAGGGGGUGGACUCAGCUUCACAUCAAAGCUCGUGAAGGCGAUCUCAAAGCUGUUAAAGAGCUCCUUGACCAAGGAGCAGACGUGAACGCUCUAGCUUGUGGACCUAAAUCAAAAGGAAUGACUCCUCUUCACCUUGCUGCCAAAGGAGGUCACAUCGAAGUUAUGGACUUGCUUCUUGAACGUGGAGCCAACAUGGAAGCUAGAACCUCUGGUGCUUGUGGCUGGACUCCUCUCCAUGCUGCAGCUAAAGAACGGAAAAGAGAAGCUGUCAAGUUUCUUGUGGGGAACGGUGCUUUCUUACCUGAUGAUAUAACCGACAGUAGGUUCAACCCGCCGGUUCAGUACUGUCACGGCUUGGAAUGGGCUUAUGAAGAGAGGAAGAAACUCAGUGAAGAUACUUCUUUAUCUUGUGGAGACACUUCUUGCAGUUCUGCGAAUUGAUUCUUGUCUUUUGUUAUCUUUCUUGCAAUGGCUCAUAAGUCGAAGAGACACAAAACCAAAGGUUUGUAAUCAUGUUGUAUUGAAAUAUGAAAUGAUACAUUUAUCACC